CUUCCAAGCGCCUUUGCUACCAGAUUGCCCGAUUCUCGACCCAUCUCAUGAAGCGCAACCAGAAGGGUCGGGUUCGGGGCGCGCAUCUCGCUCAAGUUGCAGGACGAGGGGCGUGAGUGACGCAUGGACUUCGUCCCCGAUGAAUCCGCCAUCAAGACGGAUCACAUCAAGGUCGAUAAGGAGACGGCUGACAUGCUCUCUGCUCUGGGUGAGAGUGAACUUCCUGGGUUAGUAGAGGAAGUUCCGAUUGAAGCACUUAAGAAAAGAAUACUAGCGCGGGCAUCUAUUGGGCAUGAGUAAACGUCCGCAGUGAAGGUGGAGAUGGAGGGAAGAGAGAAUUUAAUGGUGAAGAUGAGGGAAGGUGAAAAACGGUGAACAAAAGAGACUAAGAGAGGGGGUUGGCCGACAGCCACAAAAGGGGAUCUUUGGGGGCUUUCAUUCUCUCUCUGAUUCUAAGAUUCUGGUGACUUUUUCGGCGUCGAUUUCCCCGGAGCUUGAAUCUAAUAGUGGAAUUGCAAUCCUAAGGUACGAUUAGUGUGCAUUUUGUAAUUUCCAUCAAGAAAUUUUAGUGAAGUUU